AUGCAAGAGCUGGGCUCUGACUCCCASUCUGCCAUGUCCUCGUCAGGAAAAGCUGCCAUUGCCCCUUCCUGCCUCCCCUUCGAGUGCUUCGACACCCUCACCAAGUCGUGCAUCAAGUGCUCCGACCUAUUCAAGGACAACACAACAGAGCCUACCCUGGCACCCAAUGUGACCAGCACCUUCCUGAUCUUCGGGGUCCCAGUGGUAGUGGGGAUCAUCCUGGUUCUGGCUGUCCUCUGUGCCUUCCUAGCCUGCAAGGUGGGAAAGAGGAGGAGAAAGGAGAAGGUAGCGGAUGAAAAAGACAAAGAAAACAUAGAUGCUGCCAGCUCCCUGCCCAGCCAGGACCCUGCCGUGCCAGAGGGAGAUGGUGCCCUGAACCCAGCCCCAUGCCUGCAUCUUGAUGGGAGCCUGAAGAUGUCAGAGCCACCCAGGAAAUCCAGGGCAAAGCAGAGGCCAUGCUGCCAGGGCAGUGCUGAUGGCAACGUCGUUCUGCUCUCCACUGUGUACUCCCGGCAUGAGGAAUGCAACCACAGCUUCCCGCUGCCCGCCACUGAGCUGGGGGCCACAGCACUGGUCACCACCAAAACCACCCAGAACUGUGCCAGAGAGGAGAGAGUCUGAGGGCAAGGGGAAUGGGGCUGGAGUGUUCUGGCUGAUCCCUGUGGACACUGGCAGCCUGUGCCCAGGAUGAGCAAAGCCUUCCACGGGUAUGAGCUCUCUGAGAACCAGGUUUUGCCUUUAGUAAGAUCAGCUUUUUAAGAUAAUUGUCUUUUUUGUGCUGAGU